GGAGAUUUGGUCGACUGUCUUCCAACGUGCAACAUCAUGUUCAUAUCAAAAGCGAAACUCGUAUACUUUCUUGUAAUAUCGUUCAUUACCACCGCUUCCGCACAAGAUCCUCAAUGCUACUGGCCAAACGGCUCGCCCGACAAUAGCUUGGUGCCGUGCGACCCUACCGGGUCCACCACCGUGUCUUGCUGUUACAAGAACACUUUCUGCACGCAGAACAACCUCUGUCUCGCAGGCGGUAACUACUACCGAGGCGGCUGCACCGAUAAAACCUGGAGAGAUGGGCGAUGCACUGGAGCUAAAGAUUGCGAGUCUGCGAUUCCUUUCACCCAGACCAUGAUAUAUGUGUGCGGAAGAGAUGGCGUUUUCGGAUGUGAUCGAUCUGGCAACGGAGCAGCAUUCGAUUGUAGCCGGAAUUUUACGCUCUCGGGGCCUUGGGAUAUUGUGCUACGAGCGGAUCAGGUUCCUUCACUCAGUGGCAAUAAGCUCAUCACUGUGGAUCCGACAGGAGGUUUGGAGAACUUGCCAGCUGCUACGGUUACGGUGACUACGACGCCUCCAGUGAGAUUCUCCACGGUAAGGUUGCAGACGAUCUGAGGAUUGAAAAUGGCGCUAACAACUCUUCUGGUGACGUCGAAUGGUG